GGCCUUUUCGCAUUUCGAGCAACACCAGUCGCAACUUCGUGACCUUCGUCAAGAUCUCAUGGAGGUCGUCGGGAACCCAGAUAUAUGCUUCAAACUCCUCGAGAUGUGCGACGUACACACAGCACAGACGCUAUGCUUUGUGCUGUUGGCUAGCCGCCAGCACCGCGGGUAUGGCGCUCAGCAACAAACGAUGUGGAAAGAACUCACAACCUUACACUUUGGCUGCCUACGAAACUUCGAGCCCAUGUCGCCGUUUUCGGAACUACCUCAAGUGUUUCAGAAUCCACAAUGGCCGGAAUCAUUUGCACUGGAAGCUGACGAACUGUCACAAGCAUGCCGCGAGUUCUUGGAGACGUCGAUGGAGUACGCAUUGUUUGCCAAGUUGAAAGUCUUCUCGGGGGACAUUGGCCGUGUCACGUCGAUCGACAACAAAUCCGUGGAUUGCCUGGUGUUUCCAACGAACUCUUCAUUAAUCAACUUUGGAAUUGGGGCAGCGGGUGCAGUUUUCAACCGAGCUGGUCCCGAAUUGAUGACUCUCGUCCGCAGCCCUCCAUACCACGACAUCCGCCGACGCACCACCGACGCCGUGGUCACGCCGGGAUUUAAUGCAGGGGUCGAUUACUUGAUCCAUUGCGUCGGUCCAUCUUCCCAUCGUCCUGAUUGCGAAGAAAACCUGUACAAGACGUAUCUGAACGCAUUCGCAAGCGCUCGUCGAGUCGGCGCAACCUGCAUCGCCAUCGCGUCCAUCUCGACGGGAUCCCUUGGGUUUCCAACCAAACGAGCAGCAAAGAUUGCAAUGUGUGCCUACCGCGACUUCAUCAAGUGCCAUAGAUGGCAAGCCACGGUCGGCAUCGUGUGCCUCGAACGCAAAGUCCAGGACGCCAUGACCAAUGAGCACGAGCGCAUCUUGCGCCAUUUCAACGAUGGAUGUUUGGCGAUUCCAUAUUCCGCAGAAGAAGAAAUGGCGUACUCAAUCAUCCCUCCGAUGCCACUGGCGCCGACCCAUCCCUUGACGCCGUGAAUACAUGUAUAUUUACCAACGCCUUCUGAAGCCAAGCUCGUUUCUUACUGCUUGAGCUAUCGAAGCGAACACUCAAACCAGAUACGGCAUCUCGUUUAUGCAGCACGGGUUGGAACUUGCGCGUUGGAAAAUGCUGGCAAAGUCGCACCAGAAACGAGUCGCUCGCCCCACCUGGCGAGCGCGCCCUCUGCACGGGCAUCAACGAGCUCUCAUUGUAAAACUCGAUCCUGUUUUUCGUAUGCACA